AUGGCAAGUGGAAGCGGUAUUCUCCGUCUCACUCCUCUGCGUAGUGGUCCACUGCAGUACUCCGUGUGUAAGAGAUUCCAUACAUUCAAUCGAAGCAACCCUUCGGGACUGCGACAUGCAGCCUCGUACGAAGGCUCUUUACAGCAAGAGAGUGGUGGGAUGACAUGUUCAACAGACGAUUUUAAUGAUCAAACAGAUCCAGGUCGUAGGGAGAGGGAAUCGAUGCUGACAUUAUUGAAAGAACAGGGAGAGCGCCGAAUAGCCCGUCGAGAAGCCUUUCUCCAAUGGCAAGCAGGGCAACGUGAAAAAGGGGCGGCACACCGUUUGCUGCGUCAAGCAAAGACACAAGAGAAGUUUAAAAGACAUCACUACCACACCCAAAAUGGGAGGUUGAUAUCUGUUUCCUUUACCAAUGAGGAUGGAACAAGUAGCAACUCGGAUGGUAAUAUGAAUUUUCACUUUGUUGAACCACGCCGUACAGAGUGCCGUUCUACGGAUUUUUUGGUGCCUUCCAGCAGACGUUGUGAAACUAGUACACUUAACUUGACACUUCAAAAACGAUGA